AUGGAUAAGACCUUCUCUAAAGCGGAGAUCCCGGAUCGUCUGCUCCAAGGUUACGGCAUCAACCCCGACCUCGACGAUGACACAGCUUCCACCAAGGUUCUGGAGGUCCUGAACGACGUCGGCUUCUACACGCCCACUGUCGCAUACGCAGAAGGCAUGGCAAGCAAGGGCGUAAAGACUUUCAUAUACCGCUUCAACGAAGGCAAUCCCUGGGACGGGCCGUGGAAGGGCAGGGCGAAUCACAUCCUGGACGUGGCGUUCCUGUUUCAGAACUUCAAUGCUUACCUGGAGAAACCGCAGCGGCAGCUCGCUGAGGCCUGGGCAGAGGACGUGUUCAAGUUUUGUUAUGGGCAGAGUCCGUGGGACGAGUGGAAGGGUGACCAGAGGGUAGCGAAGGUGCUUGGACCGGAAGGGAGGGCGGAGGUGGUGGUAGAUGGGCCGGGGGAGAAUGGGAGGAGCAAGGUGCUGUGGGAGCUCGCGGAGAUGGAUGCGGGCGGUAUGGAUCAUUUGAGCAAGGUGCUGAAUGACUUCUUGAGGGGACCGCCCGUGACCUGA